AGAGAGUGGCAACGGACUUAAUUCAUUAAUUCAAACUUCUUACUUAAACAUUAUAUUUAUUUAUUGAGUUACAUUUAACAUUUAAACCCAAAAUAUUACCCAAAAAUGUCUUGGCCAAACGUCACUACAAUGRCCAAGCAAAACAAAUCUUCAAUGUACGUCGAAUACAGUAACCUGAUUAAUGAAUUAGAACAGUACAUGCCGCAAUUCAAAGCAACUAUCAAAGAUCUACAAGAGCCAUCUCAAUCAUUCGUUACAAAUUUUUACACAGAUGUGUUCAACGAAUUCUUUUGCGAUGUGAAUAAUUUGAUUGAGAUCCAUAUCAAUCAAAAUCUCACAUACCAUGAAAUGUACUGUGAAACUGUACCGAUAUUGAACAUGUGCACAGCUUUGAAAUAUAUUUACUCGAAAUUGGGAAUUGAUGAUUUUGGUUUGAAUGAUAUUUGUGAUCCAAGUUCAAAAAGAACCUAUCGUUUGCUGCAAACAAUGAUAAACUUCAUAAAAUAUAGUGAUGAAAAAAUACAYGAAGUUGAUGCUAAAAUGAAAUCUGUUAGAAAUAUGAAAGAUACAAUUGAUAGAUUUAAGAAGGAAAAAGAUAUAAUUUUGAACACAAUUAAUAAAAAGUCGUUAGACCGUAUACAACGAGAAGCUGAAUUAAAAAUUAUUGCUGAUGAAGUAAAAGAUGGAAAGUCUGGAUUGGCAAAAAUUCAAAAACAUCAAGAUGAUGUACUUAAAGAAUUGGAGCAAGUAAAACAAGAACAAUACGAUAUUGAAAAAAAAUGUUCAAAGUUGUGUGAAGUAAAAGAUAGUAUCGUCAGAGAUAUAAACGAUUUUAGAGCACAAAUUGUAGAGGCACCGGAUUUAUUAAAAGCUGAUCAUGAACAUCUAAAAAGAUUGAAAAAUGAAAUUACAGAAAAGAAAUCUGCAAUGAUGGGGCAAGUCAGUGCUAAAAAACAAACUGUUAUAAUUCUGGAACAAGAACUAGUUGCACAAGAAAAACGUUUACGUUUGCUAACAGAUGUAACUGAAAAAAAUGAAAGAAUUUCUAAAUUAAUCAAUGAAAUUGAAACUAUGUCACAAACAAAAUGUGAACUAGAAGAGUCUUCUGUAAAUUUAAAGGAAAGGAUUGAAAUUCUGGAACGUGAACGAGCUGAAAUAAAUAACAAAAUAAGUUAUUUUGCUAAAGAAAUGGAGAGAGAACGCAAUUCAUACAAUUCUAAAUAUGAUGCAUUAAAUAAAGAAAUUGACAGUAUGAUAAAACAAUCCAGUCAUCAAUCUGAAACUAUAAAAUUGUUAGAAUUUGAAAUCAAUAAAUGUAAUUUACAUAAGAAAGAAUUGGAGAUUGAUGUGAUUACUAUUAUGAAGGACUUUGAAUUCGCCAUGGAUGCUUUAAACGAAUUACAAAACAAUUUCCAUUUAGAAACAAUUAAAAAUCUAAUGCCUGUUGUGCAGAAUGAACAUUAAGUCUAUUAAUACAUUUUUGUAAAUUUUAUUCUUUCAUGUGUAUAUAUUAAUUUUUGUAUCAAUUGAAUCUUUUGUAUCUUGUUGUAUUUAUUAAAAGUAUAACYGUGAAAAGUAUUUUUUUGAAACUUCUGUGCUUCGUUUGAUUUACUUUACUCUUAAUGUAGUGUUAAAGAAAUCAA